UUUAGAUUUUACAAGCUAUUGUAUUGGUAGGGAGGGAUCCACUGUAAAUCAUAUUAUUAAUCAUGGGCAAACUAGAACUUGGUUACUGGAACAUCAGAGGUUUGGCACAACCUGCGAGAUUGCUGCUGGAAUAUGGCGGUGUGGAGUAUGAAGAUAAAAGAUAUCAAUGUGAUAUGGAACCACCUUACGGCAGAAGCAAAUGGCUGGAUGUUAAAUUCACUCUCGGACUCGACUUCCCUAACUUGCCUUACAUGAUAGAUGGCGAUCUGAAGAUUACUGAGAGCUGGGCAAUUUACCGUUAUAUUGCUCGUAAGAUUGGGAUGACCUUCGACACUCCGAAACAGGAAGCAGAAGCUCACAUGCUGGAAGGUAUCAUCAACACUCUUAGGCAAGGAUUUACACAUGUCUGUUACAAUCCUCAAUUUGAAGAGAAGAAAGAUGGAAUGAAGGAAUCACAACUUGGGAAACUACAAGGGUUUGAAAAGUUCUUAGAGGGAAAAAAAUAUCUGACUGGAGAUAAGAUUAGUCACGUUGAUUUCGCUUUCUAUGAGACACUUGCUCAUCACCAAAUCAUGUUCCCUGAUAUUUUCUCAAAGUUUUCCAACAUCCAAUGCUUCUACAAAAGAUUUGAAGAAAACGAGAAGAUUGCAGCGUACUUGAAAUCAAGCCGAUUCCAGAAGUUCCCAAUCAAUAACCCCGUGGCUAAAUGGGGAGGAAAAUUUCAACAAGAUUAAUUUGAAAAGCUGCACAUUGUUCCAUGGCAAUUAAAGAAACCUCAAGAUAACAUCAAUCAAUCAUCUCACAGGGGCGUUACCUAUAAGCCCAAACUUGGAAUAUUCCUCCUGCUAAUUACCGUUCAUAAAUUCGAGUGCUCAAUACUAAUUUCUGUAAUUCUCAGAGUUCUUCGUUGAUAGACGUGUAAUUUAAGUUCAAUUUCGUUUAAUAUUUUAAUUCGUUUAUGACCACAAGUUCUUUGUUUUUAUAU